GAGUCAGGCACGUACACUUACACAAACAGCCACACAACUCAUUUUAGACGUCAUGUUGUAAGGACCACAACUGUACUGAGUGAAAGCCCGGCUCUCAGAUUUUCAGUUUGGAGGCAACAACUUGGAGAUGCAAUAUGACUUUUUCUGGUCUAUCAGUUCUUGUUCUUGCUUCAUUCGGCUUCUUUUCUGUCAGCAGGUCGGUAGGUGUCCACCUACGGAACAUGGACAGUUUCAUUCGUGCUGUGCAGCAGGUUGAGGACUCCGACCCUGGCCUGUCCCCUUUGGCUUUGGUCAGGGCCCUGCGGAGGACAGCUGGCCAUGAUGAUGCAAUGACCAUCCAUUUUCUGGGUUCGUCAAAUAAUCUCAGUGAUGCUGAGGUUCUGGACACAGCCAUUCUUAACGCCUCGUCUUUCAGCUUUUUUGACAAGGCCAUCCACCACAUUGUGACGGACUAUGGAGAGGAACGUGGGGUGGUUCUAGCUCCAGACGGCACCACAGUCGCCCUUGCUCCGUUACUGCUGGGAAUCGAAUCAGGACUGAAAGCAAAGAUUGAGGGGAAGCCAGCCACCGGCAUCUUCCCUCUUACCUUGGCCAGGACACUUGGUCUGUCCUUUGUCAGCCUCCAGGACUUUCCGACACGUUAUCGCAUGGGGCCGAGUGGGUGCUGGGACAACGUGGAGCACCCUCAGGUGUUCCAGCUGUCUCGGCUUCCCACUCUGGCCACUGAUGCUAUGAUUAAUGGUGGCAUGGAUGGAACUGUACUGGGCAUGGACCUCAGCAAUCAGAGUGAAUCUGAAAAGCCGCAGGCCCUCAGUGAGAUCUUGAAAGGAUACUAUAGUUUUACUUUGCAGGAGGGGCAGGGCCUUGAUGCUGUGACCAGGAACAUUAGCCCGAGGCGACGGGAGAUAUCUAGAUCCCUUCUGGAGCCACUUGAUCUACACAGCCAGGUGAUGGAGACACUGGCAUUGGUCUGGAAGCUGGAGAAGACGGAAUGGAUUGCUUGGGACACUGGAGUGGGGCAGGCAGUGAGGGAUGGGUUGCAGGCAUUUGUUCACAUAUUCUGGGACUGCCCUCAAAUCAUCUCCCGUUGUCAGUGGGGGGCAAACUCUUACCAGGAUACCCCCACCCCACUGUCUUUGCCCCUCCACUUCCUGUAUGUGCACCACACCUAUGAGCCAUCCUCACCCUGUCUGUCCUUCCCACAGUGCUCUCGUAACAUGAGAGCCAUGCAGAGGUUCCACCAGGAGGACCGCGGCUGGACCGACAUAGGAUACAACUUUGUGGUGGGCUCUGACGGCUACGUCUAUGAAGGCAGAGGCUGGACAUACCUUGGUACUCACACCAGGGGCCACAAUAGCCUCGGGUAUGGGGUGUCAAUCAUUGGUAACUACACUGCCACCCUUCCCUCUCGUCACGCCAUGGACCUGUUGCGCCAUCGUCUGGUCCGUUGUGCAGUAAAUGGAGGAGGACUGUCUGCCAACUUCACCAUCCAUGGCCAUAGGCAGGUGGUGAACACCGCCUGUCCUGGCGAUGCCUUCUUCUCUGAAAUAAGAAGCUGGGAACACUUCAGGGUCUGACAGGAGGCCCACUGCCACUUUAUUAAUCUUACACAUCAUCCCAUUAUCAACGCUUUGUUAACUGUUUGAUUAUGUUAACCUUUGAAAUAGUUUCACUACAUGAAAUGGAAAUUUAAUCCCCCAUCAUUUUAAUGAAGAUGCGAUCAGAUCCAUGUAUUCCAGUGCAGGAUUAAUUUAAAUCAAAUGGAUCUCCCUGCUCAUAUAUACUCACCAAUGAUAUAAUAGUGAUUCUAAGGCACUGACCUCUGGACUAAGAUGAAUUUACAUCCAACACACAUCUAAUGUACAGAGAUCCUCAGGAUGUAAGCUGAGGUGAACCUCUUGAUUCAACAGCUAUUCAAAGCUUGGAGUUUUCAAUCAUGGUGAGGCAAACAAAGCAUAUAUAGCUGGAUUUCUGAUGUACUGCUAACUGCAGGUUUUAAGAACCUUUCAGUUGAUCGAUGUCAUGAAUCAUCAGGGAUGUAUUCAUGUAAAAUUAUCUUUUUUUCUCCUCCAAUAAAGAGUCUGCCACAUCUUAUAAAA